AUGCUUCGGCCUCGCUGGGAUGAGCUGGGCCACGCAGAAGCUGUUUGGUGCCUGCGAGCGAAGCUGGCUGGAAAUACCUGCGUGGUGGAGCCAUCCCGCUGGCGGCGGGGGCAGGCCGCUAUUGCGGGGUCGGCCGUGCCGGAGCCGGCAGUGCCCACCGGCGUGGAGCCUGUGCCCGGGAAUGGCAUCUCCGUGAAGACGCUUUCGGAGCAGGGAGUCAGGAUCAGCAAUAAGAAGCCCCGCAAGGCCGGCAGCUCUGGCAGCAUGCUGUACGGCCGCUUCGUGAAGUCAGCCACGCUCACGGCAUGCGGGGAGGAGCCCACGAAGCUGCCCACCGGCUCAGAAAGCAGCGAGGAGGAGGAGAAGCUGGACCUCUCUUCGGCCAGGAGGCUGACGGAUGAGGAGCUGAUGCGAGCGUGCGGCGGCCGUACGGCACAUAAGGGUGCCCGUCACGGCCUGACCAUGAGUGCCAAGCUGGCGCGCCUGGAGGAGCAGGAGCGAGCCUUCCUGGCCACGUACCGACAGAAGGAGCAGCAGCGUGAGCCCCCGGAGAGCAGCCCCCCAGCAGGGAGGCAGGAAAAAAGGAAGAAGAAAAAAAGGAAACAGUCAAGGGAUGGAGCUGAUCCUGAGGUGCUGCAGAGCCAGGAGCCAAGCGGAGAAGAGGAGGUGGUGGGAGAGGAAAGCAAGGUAGUGAAGAGGAAGAAGAAGAACCAGGAGCCAAGCGGAGAAGAGGAGGAGAGGGACACAAGGGGACAGACCCCACAGAGUAUUAAAAUAUUUUUUCAAGGGCAUAAAUAUAUCUUUAUUGCAGUGAAACUCUCCUGGAGUGCCAGAUACGUGGCAGACCCCGGGAUCCCAGAUCGUGUCUACACCUAG